AUGGAAGAGUCGUCACCCGAUCGACCUCCUUCGCCUCCAUGCCUGUCCGUUUCUACACUCUACUCACUUUCCUUUGCAUCCGAUACAUCCUCGAGUGCCUGCCUCUUGUCUGUCACUCUAUCUGAGGGCGUCCGCUCUCUGAGCUGCUGUCUGCCUCUACGACCAUCUAUUGAUUCGUCCACUCCGAACUCGGUGAAGUCUCGUCUUGACGACGCGACUAGACCCAGGCGUUCAUGUUUGUGUACCCAGGCCUUCUUGGCUUGCGUCGUUCUAUCGCAUGACAACGGUGUUUGUCUGCUCUCCUGA